UUUUCUCGUCAUUUUAAUAGGAUGAAAAUGUUAGGGAAAAUAAAUGAAUAUCGUUCUUAAAAAAAAUUCACUAAAUUCACGAAGUGACAAAGCGUUACCACAAUUUCAAUGAUUCGACAAUGAUAUAGAAAAAUCACAACUGGUCGAAUCAGUGAUGCAAAAUAGAUAGUAAUAUAUUUUUAAAUAUAUUAAUUAAAUUAAAAUAAUUUCUAAACCGAAUAUUUCAAUUUUCUAAACGAAUGACGAGAUAACAGAGGCCUGCUAGCGAGAAACGUACCUAUAUAGCAUCCGUAUUACACGUGGGUUAUUAUUUGAAAUUCAGUAUGUCAAAAAAUAACAAUACAACGAAAAGAGAAAAGGAAUCAAAGAUAUCAGCAAGUACCAAUGAAGAAAAGAAUGUCAAAAUUACAUUAGAAGAAAAGAAAAAGAGUAUUAAGAAAAAAGGAGGAUAUAAUGUAUUACAACAUCCUAAAAAGAAAAAUGGGAAACAACUAAUUAAACAAAAAAAUACAUCUCAGAAAACUACUAAAAAGUUAAAUGUCUCAAAUAUGCUCUUAAAAUGUAACAAAGAAUUGUAUGAUUAUCAAAUUCAGCAAUUGGAUCUGAUCCUCAAACAGUCUCUAAAUUGCCCAACAUUAACACAGGAUGAAUUAAAAAUGUUAUUUGUGAAAUACAAGUCAGAUGGACAUUAUAGAGCUAAUACAACUUUGCCACAAUUUACAAAUUUCUCAGACAACACAUGUGAUGUGAUUAAUGAAAACCAGUAUUAUAAUCAAAUGCAAUAUGUACCUACUCAUAAUACUGACAAAGUACAUCCUAAAAACACUACAAAUACAAUUAUAAAUCCAUACUGCAAUACUGAUAAUGAAAUUCAACCUAUGAAAGAAAAUGUAAGUGUGUGUGAAAGUACACAAUCAAAUUUAAAAUGUCAUCUACCACAAAGUAUUGAGAUUUCUGAAACAAGUAAUAUGGAUAGCUUAACUGAGAAUAAGUGUCUUUCUGUUGAUUGCAAUCCUUUAAACAAUAGCAACUGUAACCAUAUGUUUACAAACCAUGAUGUACAAAUGUAUCAAAAUAACAUUAAUGUAUUGAAUGAUAUUCAGAAUUUUAACCAAUUAAAAUCAGAUUUGAAUAUUGUCAGUACUGAAAAUGUAGCAACAGAACAUCAUAAUUAUAAAUACACAAAGAAAAAUUUACUUUAUAAUAUAUUUGAUUCAAAUUUACAAUACGGAAAUUUAAAUAAUAGUGAGAUUUCACAGCAAAAUGAUAUAUACAGUAUAUUACAAUAUAAUGACUUGCAGUUGAAUUCAGAUUUUUGCAAUGAUAUUUGUUUAAAUAAAUGGAACACGGAUGAAAAUAAUAAUCUACUCUACAAAAAUGCACAGGUACCGUGCAUCCCUCACACUAAUGGCUUGAAAUCAUGCUAUAAUGUAAAUAAUUCUAUGACUGCCUCUCAAAUGUCGUUGAUUAAAAAUUAUAUCGAAAAUGAGGGUAAUAUUAAUUUGCCCAUUCAUACAAAUACAUAUCCUUUUACGAGUGGCAAAAAGGACUUGAUACACGAAUUUAAUGAAAAUAUCAAUACUCAACAGGAUUUUAAUCCUUAUUUCGCAAAUUCAGAUACAAUAUCUGAUGAUCUAACAGAAUCAAAUACACUUGCUUUGUCUUGUCCUAAUAUUGUUAAACAGUUAUCUUCUUAAAGUUUUAUAAGGAUAUAA